GCUGCUUUUCUCUCUCGCGAAGUUUGCGUGUCUAGACGCAGAGUUAAAAUUCCUUAAAAUGGAGCAAGAGAGCUUGGAUUACAUACUGGUUCCACUGGGUCUGUUCGUACUGGUUUUAUACCAUGCUUGGCUUCUUUUCACUAUCCUCCGUCACCCCACCAGAACUGUCAUCGGCCUCAAUGCGGAGUCUCGCCGUCAGUGGAUUUUCUCCAUGAUGUCUGAUCCCCUGAAGAAUGGGGUUUUGGCAGUUCAAACAAUCCGUAAUAACAUAAUGGCAUCUACGCUUUUAGCAACAACAGCAAUUACUCUGUGCUCGCUGAUCAGUGUUUUUGUUAGCAGCACAUCGGACUCCACAAACACGGCUUCUCAGCUUGUUUACGGCAACAAAAGUCCCCUUGUUUAUUCAAUCAAGUACUUCACCAUCUUGUUGUGCUUCCUUGUUGCCUUUCUCUGCAACGUGCAGUCUAUCAGAUACUAUGCACAUUGCAGUUUCUUAGCUACUGUGCCUUCCUCAGCAGGUAAGAAAGAAUCUAUGGAGUAUGUGGCGAGAAGUUUGAAUAGGGGAAGUUACUUUUGGUCACUUGGAUUGAGAGCUUUCUACGUGUCAUUCCCUAUGUUCCUUUGGAUCUUUGGACCGAUUCCUAUGCUCGUUUGUUGUUGCAUAAUGUCAUUUGUUCUUUACUUUUUGGAUACGACUUCUAGUUUCACCCGGCAACUUCAUCUCCGCUCGUUUAGAGAGGACCAUGCGGAGUCUGCCAUUCCUUAAAAAUACGUGUAUAUAUCAAGGAGAAUAAUGUUACAUAAGCUCAAGAAGUCCAUAGUAUUAAUUGUAAAGAUCAAAUCUUUUAGCCAUUAGGUCACAUGAUUGUAACUAAAUAAAUUUUAUAAGCUUGAGCUUAUGGCAAUGCUAUUAUAAUAAGAACAAAGUCAUGAAGUUAAGGGGAGUA